CUGUGUGCACAGUGCACGUAAUCGCCAUCGGCGAAACGUCUUGUAGUAGUGAAUGAUUUAUUUUUUGAAAACAGUUUAUUCUUAUUGCUUAUAAAAGAUAUGAAAAUUGUUAUAAUUACCUAAAGUUGUGCCAUUGAAACUCCUGUGUUUAUUGUAAUACUGAUGUGUUUUUGCAAUUAGACGUGAUUGCGAGUGCAGUGCUUGCCGUUUCAGAUUGGUUUUGAAGCCUUGUGAUUUUCGUGUUCUAUUAGUGACAACGGCCACACAAAACUCAAAAUGCAAGCUAUCAAGUGUGUAGUUGUAGGCGAUGGUGCGGUGGGUAAAACAUGUCUUCUCAUCAGUUACACCACAAAUGCCUUCCCCGGAGAGUACAUACCCACAGUAUUCGACAACUAUUCAGCGAAUGUGAUGGUGGAUGGGAAGCCUAUCAACCUGGGUCUUUGGGAUACAGCCGGACAAGAGGACUACGACCGCCUUCGACCGCUCUCCUACCCACAGACAGAUGUAUUCCUUAUAUGCUUCUCACUCGUCAACCCUGCCUCGUUCGAAAACGUUAGAGCCAAGUGGUACCCCGAAGUAAGGCAUCAUUGCCCGUCGACCCCCAUCAUCCUGGUCGGCACCAAGCUCGAUCUUCGCGAGGACAAGGACACAAUUGAGAAGCUUAAGGAAAAGAAGCUAGCGCCGAUCACAUAUCCACAGGGGCUAAGCAUGGCGAAGGAGGUGAACGCGGUGAAGUACCUGGAGUGCUCGGCGCUGACGCAGAAGGGGCUGAAGACGGUGUUCGACGAGGCGAUCCGCGCCGUGCUGUGCCCCGCGCCGCGCGUCAAGCCCCCGCGGCGGCCCUGCCAGCUCCUCUAACUUAACAGAUAGUGUAGAAAGAGAUGAUUGCCAGUAACAGCGAUCUCAGCUGUACUAAAUAACGCACUAAAACAUCCGUCUCUGUUCAUACCGAGUGCAACACGAACUGACUGCAUCGCUACACGCAAUGUGGCCCGGUGUGACUGACCUAUCUAUAUCUAAACGCUUUUUUAUAUAUGUACAAAACUCACUUAUCUGACCCGGUUAUAUUACAAAAGCUUAUUAACUCCCACCUAUCAAUAGUAAAAAAAAUAUCACAUGUUUGUUCUAUUUUGUGUUCAAACGCGCAGCUUCUCACCGGGCCAAAUAAGUUAGUCGGACUGUCUGUCAAAGUCGAUUGUCAUUUGUAUAUAUUUAAAUAAGGGCAUUUACAAAUUAAUGGUGUCAUUCGCUUAUUAAAUGUGGAUUAUUUUUAAUUUGUAAGUGCUAUAUGUCUUGUACGCAGUAAGUCUAACGCAUAAAUGUUCUGAAAGUUCCAGUUAUUAAUAUAGUUUACUGAAUGAUGUAAUUUGCGCUAAAAGGCCUCUUAUCUCUUAUAUAUAAUAUCCUCU